AUGUAAUAACCUAUAGAAGAAAUAGAUUAAUUUAUUCUUGGCUUCAAUAAUCAAACAAGCAACUCUUUUAUUUAAUCAAAUAUUAAUUAAGAAAAACUACUAGUAUAAAAUACAAGACUUUUACAAUAAUUGAAUGAAUAAUAAAGGAUGCUUAAUUUACAUAGUCUAUUAACUCAGAACAUACUUUAAAAUCCAUAUCCUAAUCAAUAAACCACACACAAAAACAAAAUGAUUAAGAAAGCCAAAUCUAAUUUGCAAAAUAUUCAAUCUAAUGCCUGUUUACUAGAUUAACCACUUUAAAUUUAAGAAAUUAAAGGGAAUGUUAAAAAUGCCUAUAUAAAGAAAAUCACAUCUUUGUUGAGUGUAGAAGGAGACAAAUUGCUAGAUAAGGAUUUACAAGAGAACUUAGAAGAGGAUAGUUCCUCUUAAGAACCUUCUAGAGAUAAAUAUGGAUUAGCAGGAUUGUUAUGUAAGGAUUUAUUGAAUGAGGAAUGCAAAAACAAACGAAUAAGAUAGAGUGCUAAGAAAUCAAGAUUGAGAAAGAAGGUUUAUGUGAAGUUAUUAGAGAAAAAAGUAUAGAAGUUUGAAUCCUAUUUUUAGGUUCUUGAUUUGGAUCAUAAAAUAUAAGAAUAAAAAUAAACUACAAAGCAAUCAUUUGAAUAUCUGACUAAUUGUUGA